CAUGGGGUUGCAGAGUCAGACACAACUGAGUGACUGAACAACAAGAUGGAUGUAAUACACAAAUGAUUUUUGAAGAUAUAAGACUGUAUGUUGUGAAAGAUGUCUGGAGGCUUAACGAUUAUAGUCAGAUGCCUGAGGUCAUACCCUGACCCAGUGAAUUUAGGUCAGCCUUUCCUCUCUUUAGUUACUUCAUCUGUAAAAUGGAAACAGGUAAUAGAGUCAUUCAAACAGUUGGCAAUAAUGUAAAGUGCUUGCCACACUAUCUGGAAUAUCCUGAGGUUUCAAUAAAUACUAUUAUCAUACUUAAACUCUGCAACACCUGACAUAGCAUCUUUCCAUGCUCCUGCCUCAUUCUUUUAUAUAGCAUAGAUGUAAGUUGUAAGAAUGUACCGUAAUUCAUCAGUCCUGUAUCAUAUUAAUGGAUAUUUAGGUGGUUUCCAGUUCGUAGUGCACUGUAAACUGUUCCAGUGAACAACUUUGGGUAUCUUUUGUAUUAUUCCUCUGAGAAAUGUCACAUUCUAGAGUCUGGGGGGGUUAAGAGAGGUAUUUAUUUACAAAUACCAAGCAUGGUGCCUUUAUGAAGGAUAAUGCUGGAAUGGGCACUGCCCAUUUCAAGAUCAUUGUUGCUCUGCAGGAUUUUGGGCCCAUAUUUGGCCUGUCUGUCUCUAAUCCAUUGUAUUCCUACCCCAUGAGCAGUAGAAAUUUGUGCUUUACUGUACACAUUUUAUGUAUUAAAAAUGUAUUGUAAAUUAAAGAGGAUAUGUCUUCCAGUUUCAGGGCCUUCAUUCUGAGUCCUUGUGUCCUAGUGAAUUUGUGUAAGAUAGAUUGCUAGAGGUGAAAUUGCUAGACAUAGCUUUAAAAAAAAAUUUGGUGAGUCCUGAUUGUUUUUAAAAAUUAUAUGCCAAGUUCACCUCCUUUGUGAUGGAUAAGAGUGCUGAUUUUCUUUUCUUUUUUUUUUUUUUGAGUGCUGAUUUUCUUAUACCAUUGCUAACAUUAAAUGUUUAUAAUAAGUCUUUCAUUUUACCAGAUAUACAUCAGCCCUCUCCAGUCUGACAGAAAGAAAUGAUUGUCUUAAUGUGCUUCCUUGAUUUGCAGUGAAACUUUUAAAAAAGUUGAUAUAAGAACAUGUUAAGGAUACAGGUUUCCCUCGCUAUCCAAAAGAGAGGGGUCCUAUGAAACCUUUUGUAAGUCAAAAUGGCAUAAAAUGAAGCAGCAGCUACCUUACAUGCAUCUUGCUAACAGAUGCACAGAAUAAAUUGAGAUAAAGCAUAGUAGCUCACAGACACAGUUAAAAGUUAUAGCAGUUUGAUAGUGAACAUACAUAUUUCCUUGGGAAAGAAGGUUGGUAGUAGUGCCAUUCUUGCCACUCAGGGUGCAGGCUACCUCUGAAACAGCUUGCGGAACAAACGAACAGUGUUUUUGCUUUUUGCCUUUUUUUUUGUAAAAGUGAAAAUCCUCCUUGGAUUUCAUUCAGUCAGUGAAAACAAAAACUAAUGUAGUUUUUCAUUGGAGUGUGGAGUGUUCCUUACUUUCGUCCUUGACUUGAAGUGGUCAUCAAUAUACCAUAUCCGUGACUGAUCAUCCUUUGACUGUUUGAAAGUAUGGCUGCAUAACUGGUUUACAAAUCAUAGGAACUUACAGCAUUUGAGUUAGCUUUAUAAUUAUUGCAGCAGAGUGGUUCUUAAUGUUUCACAGGGCAAGUAUUGUUUAAACUGGAUGCCUAAGCUUUUGAAACAAGUCUCUAGCCAAAAUAAGCAGCCUACAUUCAUAUUCCAGUUUCACAAAAAUGUUGCCAUUUCUAAGUACCCUGAUUAGAUUUAGAUCCUUGACAGCCUAGCAUGGGGAAGGGGGGACAGAUUUUUGUGUUUGGAAACUGGUCUUCUGUGACAUAAAUGUGUUACAGUAUUUAAAUUUUUAAUUUGCCAUCCAAAGCAGGGAAGAGCUUUAAUGACCCCACGUAAUAAAAGUGACACAACUAAUGGCAGAGGUGAGGUCAGAGCAGCAUAACUAGUAGAAGUGAAAUCAGCCUUGCUUUCUCUUUAUCAGAUGGCUUUUGGGUUGAGAACAGAUUUUGUGGACCGAGUUUUGAAUGCCUUUACACCAGAAGUCAUGUGGUUUUUACCCUGUUUUAGGAGGGUAAUGCUUGGUAGCAGUGUGGAUGGCAGACUGGCAUAGCCAGGGAAUAGAAGGAGUGGGACCAGGAUGCCAAGAGUCAGAACAAGUAUUGGAAUGGAGUUGUUAUAUAAAAUGUUGUUGAAGUUUAAAAAACAAGAAAAAAGUAAAGAUGGGCAUGUGUUGUGUGCAAGCUUUGCCUUGUUGUAAAUUAUUUUAAAUAUUAUAAAGAAAAUGCCCUAUGCUAUAAGAGAACUCUGAAAAUAUUUAGUAUUGUGCUCUCUCCCUCCCUCCUGACCCCCAAAAAAGUAGAGUUGGGGGAGGAGUGUUUGCUGCCCUUUGUAACUUUGUGCAUGUGUGCUCGCUCAGUCCUGUCCAACUCCUCAUGACCCCGUGGACUAGCCCACCAGGCUCCUCUCCCUUGGGACUUUCUAAGCAAGGAUAAGGGAGUGGGUUGCCAUUUCCUCUUCCAGGGGAUCUUCCCCUUCCAGGAUCGAACUCACCUUCUUCAUUGGCAAGCAGAUUCUUUACCACUGAGCCACUGGGAGAGCCCUUUGUAAUUUUGAAGGGUAGGGUACAAUUUAUCUCUUGCUCUGAUCUAGAAAGGAUUAAGAUUUAAAAGGGCUUUAGUCAUAUUUUGAAAACUGACAAGUUGUUUACAUUAAAGGUGGAUGAAGAGGAUGGAUCAGAGCAGAGGUAUAAUAAUUUUUAGUACCCUAGAAAUUAGAGUACUAAAAUAGUUCUUACAGAAGUACAGUGAUUUUUGGAUUUUUGUAGAGAACUUGCUGGAUGGCCAUCAGUUUUGCUCUUAAGAAUUCAGGCAGUAGCCUAAAAGUAGACAACGAAUAUGUUCAUGAGAUGAAGGUGAACCAGUUAUUCAGGAAAAGCACAAGCAUUCUUUAUAUUUAAAUGGAAAACCAGAAAGAAAUUUUAAUGGAUCACAAAUACUAUCGUUCUGUAUCUAGUUUUUUUCCUUAUUGUUUUAUAUAAUUGUAGAAGUUAUUUUUUUUAAUAGUUAAGUCUGAAGAAAACUGCAUAUUGGUAAAAAUGUCUCUAAAAAGUGAUGGACUGUGGACAGAUGGCUUCUGUGUUCAAGAAUUUGAGGAAGAGCUUUGCAUUCUUAGGAUUGAUAGCUAGCUGUCUGGUGUAUGGUUCCAGGAGAAAUUCUGUAAAGGAGAACUUUUCAAAUUACCCAACAUUAGAAUGUAUAUAUUAUUUUUGUUAGAAAUAGGACAGCAGUAAAGAAGAUGCUUAAAUGUUUGUCCCUCUCCUUAAUUUCUAAUAUUAAAAUUAAAUGUAAAAAUUUGACUUCUUCCAUUCAAUCAUAGCUAAUGUUUCUACAUGUCAGACAUUCAGAGAAUCUGGCAUCCUAGAAUCCGAGUCUAACUACUUGGGCUAAGCUUAAGCCAUUUUUAUUGGAGGCAUAGGUGUCAUGUACCUUUCAGAACAUGCGUUUAUUUCUUUCCUUUCAUUUGGUUGUGAUUUAUUUUUAUUUCUUUCAUAUGUGUUCUUGAAUUAGUAUAUAUUCUAUAUAUAACUUGUAUUAAAUAUGUAUACAUAUAGAGAUAAGUGAUAUAUAUGUUCUUUUUUGAAUUACGUGAGUUGAGUAAAUCUGGUUUUAUCUUCUAUGCUGUGACUACAUUUUUAAUAAACAUUUACAGCUGGGGUAUGAUUUGUUUCCCCAUGAGACUGUUAAUGUGGAAACUAAUGUAGAUAUAAACAUUUUUCCCCCCCAAUUAAAGUAAGCAAACUUGGUGUGAAUUUAGAAGUCUGAGCCUAUAUCCAGUAUUUUUGGUAAUAUAGUUGAAAUAGACAGUGGGCUUUCCUAGCAUUGUUUUUUGUGUGACAGUGAAGAACCUGAAUAUUUGAGAAAGAAAAAAAAUGAGUCUGCAAGAAAGUGUAAUGCCACAGAGAAUGAGCACCCAUAUUUUGGUGAUAUUCAAACUCAACUGGUAAUGAAUUUAGCCUCUUCAGAAAGGAAGAGAAUGCAGAUGAACUAUUACUUGCUCAAAAAAGAAAAAAGAAAAAAAUCAGUAGAGGUUUAAGUUAGGAAAACAUGAAUUCAGUUUAUACUUGACUUGAAAGCUCUCAUUGCUUGCUUGAACCAAAUCUGGCUAGAAUGAACUUUAUUUUCUUUACUGGCUCUACUUACAUUAAAAUCCUUUAUAAAAAGUAUUUAUAAUCCUGGGGUGGUCAUGAAGGGCUGUAGUUUACUUGGAGAAAUUCAUAUGAAGCAAUGAACAAUGCACAAGAAUUUAAUUACGCUAAGAUAUGUGUCCAGUUACAACACAGGGAUCACAGCAAACACAGCCUCCACAGAAGCACUAUGGCAUUACUUCUCCCAUCAGCUUAGCAGCGCCCAAGGAGACUGACUGCCUGCUCACACAGAAGCUCGUGGAGACGCUGAAGCCCUUUGGGGUUUUUGAAGAGGAAGAGGAACUGCAGCGCAGGAUUUUAAUUUUGGGAAAAUUAAAUAACUUGGUGAAAGAGUGGAUACGAGAAAUCAGUGAAAGCAAGAAUCUUCCACAAUCUGUAAUUGAAAAUGUUGGUGGGAAAAUUUUUACAUUUGGAUCUUAUAGAUUAGGAGUACAUACAAAAGGUGCUGAUAUUGAUGCAUUGUGUGUUGCACCAAGACAUGUUGAUCGAAGUGAUUUUUUCACCUCCUUCUAUGAUAAGUUGAAAUUACAGGAAGAAGUAAAAGAUUUAAGAGCUGUUGAAGAGGCAUUUGUACCAGUUAUCAAACUGUGUUUUGAUGGGAUAGAGAUUGAUAUUUUGUUUGCAAGAUUAGCACUGCAGACUAUUCCAGAAGACUUGGACUUAAGAGAUGACAGUCUGCUUAAAAAUUUAGAUAUUAGAUGUAUAAGAAGUCUUAACGGUUGCAGGGUAACCGAUGAAAUUUUACAUCUAGUACCAAACAUUGACAACUUCAGGUUAACCCUGAGAGCUAUCAAACUGUGGGCCAAACGCCACAACAUCUAUUCCAAUAUAUUAGGUUUCCUCGGUGGUGUUUCCUGGGCUAUGCUAGUAGCAAGAACUUGCCAGCUUUAUCCAAAUGCAAUAGCGUCAACUCUUGUACAUAAAUUUUUCUUGGUAUUUUCUAAAUGGGAAUGGCCAAAUCCAGUCCUAUUGAAACAACCUGAAGAAUGCAAUCUUAAUUUGCCUGUAUGGGACCCAAGGGUAAACCCCAGUGAUAGGUACCAUCUUAUGCCUAUAAUUACACCAGCAUACCCACAACAGAACUCCACGUACAAUGUGUCCGUUUCAACACGGAUGGUCAUGGUUGAGGAGUUUAAACAAGGUCUUGCUAUCACAGAUGAAAUUUUGCUGAGUAAGGCAGAGUGGUCCAAACUUUUUGAAGCUCCAAACUUCUUUCAGAAGUACAAGCAUUAUAUUGUACUUCUAGCAAGUGCACCAACUGAAAAACAACGCCUAGAAUGGGUGGGCUUGGUGGAAUCAAAAAUCCGGAUCCUGGUUGGAAGUUUGGAGAAGAAUGAGUUUAUUACACUGGCUCAUGUGAAUCCCCAGUCAUUUCCAGCACCCAAAGAAAAUCCCGACAAGGAAGAAUUUCGCACGAUGUGGGUGAUUGGGUUAGUGUUUAAAAAGACAGAAAAUUCUGAAAAUCUCAGUGUUGAUCUCACCUAUGAUAUUCAGUCUUUCACAGAUACAGUUUAUAGGCAAGCAAUAAACAGCAAGAUGUUUGAGGUGGACAUGAAAAUUGCUGCAAUGCAUGUAAAAAGAAAGCAACUCCAUCAGCUACUACCUAGUCAUGUGCUUCAGAAAAAGAAAAAGCAUUCAACAGAAGGCGUCAAGUUGACACCUCUGAAUGACAGCAGCCUCGACUUGUCUAUGGACAGUGAUAACAGCAUGUCUGUGCCUUCACCUACUAGUGCUAUGAAGACCAGUCCAUUGAACAGUUCUGGCAGCUCUCAGGGCAGAAACAGUCCUGCUCCAGCUGUAACAGCAGCAUCUGUGACCAACAUACAGGCUACUGAAGUUUCUGUGCCACAAGUAAAUUCCAGUGAAAGCUCAGGGGGUACAUCGAGUGAAAGCAUUCCUCAAACUGCCACACAACCAGCCAUUUCAUCACCACCAAAGCCUACGGUCUCCAGAGUUGUUUCCUCAACACGUCUGGUAAACCCACCACCGAGACCUUCAGGAAAUGCAGCAGCAAAGAUAGCUAAUCCUAUAGUAGGAGUCAAGAGGACGUCCUCACCUCAUAAAGACGAGAGCCCCAAGAAAACCAAAACAGAAGAGGAUGAAACAAGUGAAGAUGCUAACUGUCUUGCUUUGAGUGGACAUGAUAAAACAGAAACAAAGGAACAACUUGAUACAGAGACAAGUACAACUCAAUCAGAAACCAUUCAGACAGCGACUUCUCUGUUGGCCUCUCAGAAAACAUCCAGUACAGACCUUUCUGAUAUCCCUGCUCUCCCUGCAAACCCUAUUCCUGUUAUCAAGAAUUCAAUAAAACUGAGAUUGAAUCGGUAAAAACAACCUCAGGGGUCCAGAAACAAUGUCUGCCAACUCAACCUGUUGUCUUCAAAUGCUAAAAAAGGAAUGGAGGGUGCAAGACUAGACAUGACUGAAAGUGGAUUGAGGGUUUUUUGUGACCUCCCUUACUGGGCUAAUCAGCACUUGAUCGGAAGUCCAGGUUAGUAUGUGAAGCCAGGAGUACUAUUAUUAUUGUGUUAGCAACAGUUGCAUUAACUAUUUCAAAAAAUUACUGCCUUUUAAAAAAAAAACCUCAAGCUAUAUUUGUAUUCAUAAUUGACAUCUGGACUGGGUUUAUGUUUGCUGCAUUGUUUGGAAAAUUUGCAAUACAAACUGGCAUAAGAAUUCUUUAUUCUGAUGAUGCACUUUUAUGUAUUUUUUUUAUUAUUAUUAGAAAGUAGAAAUAAUUUUAGAUUUUCAGCUUGAUGGAUUUUCAUUUUUUCCUGAAGAAUUUCCUUUACCAUUAGUCUUCAAAUCGGAUGCCGUUGCGCAGUGGUGUAUUGUUAUGCUUCAGAGAAAGGAUAAGAGUACAUCUAGGUCAGUCCCUCUGAGGUAGCUGUAACCUUUAAAAUGAAAUGUCAACACUAGGGUAUAUAUUUGACAUUGAAAGCAUAAUUAGGAAAUACUUCGUUUUGAUGGGGUCAUGAUUAAGAAAUGAUAUUGGUUUUUAUUUAUAGAAAUGUUUAGAGUGCAUACAAAUCAGCGAUCAGCCAGCAAAUAUUUUUCUUUGAGCUUGUUAAAGCUCUAUAUUCUUUUGCCUUCAAUCUGUUGUCUUUGAAACCAAGCUUUUUGCUCCCUCCCUCUUCUUCCCUCCCCCUACCCCUUUUGCUUGUAUGUGUAAGGUAGGACUUCUUUCAUAAAAAAACAAAAUGCCAGUAUUUUCUUAAGCCAUGAUGUGAAACCAGUGACUCUGUGGCUGUAUGGCACAGAACACUAAAUUUUGGUCCCAUGGCUGAAACUUUAGGGUGACUAAAAAUAAUGCCUGUGAAACAUGAUAUCUAUCUUGGAUGGCCGUUUGAUCUCUAAAUAUGAGGAAUUUUGUACACUCCACAGAACUCCUGUCUAUAGUAAAGUUGAUUUUCAAUAUUAAAUGUGGGCAAAAAGGCAUUUUCUCCAAGAAUUUUAAACUAAUUUUUAUUUUUAAAUGGUUGACCAAAACUUGUCAGUAAAUUUUACAUGUGGAAACAUUUAAAAAUCAUUUCUAGCAAGCACUUGACAUCUAGUCAGCUCUUUACUCCUUUUUCUGUUUUGUUUUAUCCUCUCAGUAAAUAAUUCCUCAUAAUUAAGCAGCAGAGCAUUCAUCUUUACAAAUACAUGAGGGAAGCCAGAUGUUGAUAAACUUAUUCUUUCUUAAUCUGGACAAAGCAAACCUAACAUUUUUCUGGUGAGCAUGUUUUAUGAAUCCUCCAUUGUGCUCCAUUCUAUCACAUGUGCAUUUUUCAUGUUAAACUGCAAUUACUUAACCUCUUCCCUGUUCCCUCUAAAUUAAUUUUCCAGAGUUGGAGUGUAGUCUUUCCCCCCCCAGGCUACGCAUUAAUUGCGGCUUUCUUUCCGCCAUACUUUGUAGUCUCUAGCACACAGUGUCCUCCUUCCCACACCUUGGCCCUGCACAGCCGCCUUGCCGCCCCAGCGCCCGCGCGGACGAGACGGUCAGGCCAGCAGGUGAAGGCUGCAGGGCGGCUGUGUGCUUCGGUAGCUGAGUUAGAUCGAAACCGCCAGGCACAGACUUAGUCUUGUCAUUUUGUUUACACAUUGGGGAAAAAGAAUUCAGUUUAUUAAACGUUUCAUGUACCUGCACCCAAGUUUUGCCAAGCUGGGAACUUGGACAUUUUCUGUGUAGUGACUUUUUAAUUCUAGUUUUCAUAACCUGGAGAUCAGACUGUUGCUUUCGCAUGAUGUACGUAGUGUCUCAUGACUGGAGUUUGCUUUGUUUUAUAGUAUCUGUACUCCUUGUAUUUUUCAAGAGCUAUUUUGUAAACAGAUGAUGUAUUUCUCCAUUGAAAACACAAUAAAAAAAAAAAACAGCACAAUCCCACAGUUGGCUGAUUUCUUUUGACUGACUUUUUUUAUUUUUUCAGUGAUUCCAUUAUUGCUACUCGUAAGUUAUAGUAUAGCUGUCAGUGAAGAUUUGCUGAAGAAUUUACUUUGGUUACUUUUAGGAAAUCUCUAUAUCUGAUUAAUUUAUGCCACUAGUAGCAGCCUAAUAAUAAUUGAUAUCUCACAUAAUCAGGUAUUUGUUUUUCCUAUAAUUGGUCAUUAGGGAAGAAAACAUGAAUAUAGUACUUGAUAAUUAAUUUUCAGCUGACCCAUCCUCCAAAAUACUUGCUCUGUUUGUAUAGACACCGUCUCUUUUCUUUGUAUUUAUUCCAUGUAGACAGCAGUGUACCUACCGCUGCUGUGCUUGCUUUCAAAGCUGGUGGUUUUCAAAGCAGUUGGUGCUUUAUAUCUAAUGUCAGCAGGUGGCACUGUUGUUUUUCAGUGACUUUAGGAUCCUGCGUUUCUCAUUUUAUUAAACGCAGAUCAGAUUCUACUUUUCUUAAACCUUUAAAUGGUCAACAAGGCAUACAUAACUUACAGGUUAGGAAUGGACUCUCUGUGCAUGUGAUGGUCAGCGUUUGGGUAUGGUUAUCUUAGAGGCUUUGAGUGGAGGGAUUGACGUCCUUAUGUUAAAUUUUUAUUUCACGGGAUGUGCAGUUGUGCAUAUUUUCAUUCAUGAAACUCUAGAUUCUAAUACCUUUACUGUAUGUAAAAAUAAUAUCUGAUUGCAGUGUGGAAUAACCUUUUAUUAAGGAACAUUUAACUUUUGGGACUAUUCAACAAGAGACUAUCCAACAAGGGACUAUUUAACAAGAGAAACUUGUUAAAAACUACCCUUGACUCCGUUGCUAACACGUACAGAAUAGAGCUUACCAUCCCUACUUUGAUGAGACACCCAACAUGGAACUGGCUGUUGCGACUUUGUGAGUUUUGUCACCCGUAUGGCCUUUUGACAUUUCAUGCAUCUUGCUGAAUUAGUAAAAUGAUAAUUGAAAAUGUGUUUUGUGGUUCUGGGUAUAUUCUGGAAUAAAGUUUGUAUUUUUCUAAUUAA